AUAAUUGUUGUGUGAGCAGAUGACAACGCACUGGCGACAUGUUUUAAAGUGCCUGGUUGUGAAAUUGGGUGAAAAACUCAUAUUGAUCCAGCAGUUCUGGUAUAGGAUAGGUGAACAAUUUUUUUACAUGUAACAUAGAUGCCAAAGAUCACGCCAGCAGACGUGAAGCAGACGACACUUCCAUCUGCAGUCAUGAUGUGCAGGAAACAAGACCAUUGAUUCAUUAUUCAUAGUUUGCACUUCGCAGGAGGAAGAGGACAGUCCCAGCGCUGGAAUUUCGAGGAAUGGUAAAUGUGUCGCUGUCUAACGAGUAUAUCUGGAGGCAGUAGACACAUAGGGUGGAAUUUUCUAUGACUGCAGGCAAACCAGGGUUGGAAUUGAAGACAGAUUUGACCAGGAGGUCCAAAUGAGUGCAGGCUAAUUGGUCAGAGUGUGGUGUGUAUCUACAGCCUCUCAUCAGACAAUUCAGCUGACAUACACCAACCUCGCCUAACAUGUGCAGUCCACUUGUUAGGAUACUGGCCGGAUCAGUUUGAAAUGUCAUGUCUGUGUUGUUGUCUGUCCACAAACAGAGGACAUUGUGAGUAUCAACACUCCGCCCCUUCGCCAUGUACUGGUCACUCGAAACACCCGUCUGCUCAUCACGAUAAUAAUUAUCGGACAGCCUUGUGAACAGUGGUGAAAACACCACAGGGGAGGAUUGAAAGGGAAAUAUCGGAACUGCUGCUUAUGUGUGAUUGCUUUUGUUAAGGAGGUACACUGGAGGUGAUUUUCAUUCAGUUGGCUGAAUGUGGUUUUCAUUCAUUAGGGCUGAAUGGCUGAUGGUGAGGAAACAGUUCCGUAUGUCAGUCAGUAUAUUGAUUCAAUGAUCAACACAAAGUGGAGACCUGCAUCCCAUAGUAGCUUGUCUAAUCGCUGGCAUAUGCAGUCUGUUAUGCAAAACAUCCUGCUUUAAUUUUAUCGAAUUUUUAUGUACAGUGUUGCAUUGUGAUGGCACAGUGAUGUUUUAGACAAUUUCACAGUGAAUUAACCACAAUUCACUUUCUAAGGAGACAACCAGAAAUGUAAAUCACGAAUCAAAUUGGAAAUAUCUAUUAAAAGAAUCAGACAGUUCUAGACAUUCCAGCCAAUUGUAGCAAGACAGCCCAUCUGUGUUCAUAAACAGUGUAGACUUAGGCCAGUCCUAGAGGAGAUGUAUUAACUGCAUUUACAAGGAAAUAUCUAUUCUGUGGUUUCCGCCAUGUGAAUAUUGAUGGCUCAUUGAUUAGGUUUGACUUCGAUAUUUGUGUUAGGACUUCUCUGGCAGUUUGGCUGAUGUCCCUCAUUGAAUAGUAGGCAUUAGGAUGAAUGUGAGAGACAGUGAAACGUUUCUCAAAAUUGGCAAGGAAUGGUGAUUAUUUCAACCUUUUUCGUCAUCACAUCUGGAAAGUGUAUGAAAACAUUCAAAGUGAGCUUUUUGAAACAUAUUCCAUACACAGAUCAUUUCUGUUAAUGUUGUUCAGCUCAUGUGUCAGAUAAUCUGCUUUUGAUGCCAAUGGAUUUUUAAUGAACAAAACUCUCAUGUUUGUAUGAGUUUGUAUACAAAGGGAUCAAACUAUUGUCUGCUAAAUAUCCAUCGAUUUAUAUUUAUGCUCUUUUGACAGUGUCUGUUUGCUCAUAUGAGACUGUGAAUCCUGAAUAAUCUUCAAUGCAAACAAAAUAUCAAGCAGCAACAUUUUUUCCAACACUGCCAUUUCCCUCCCAUCCUAUCAGCUUCCUGGUCAUCAUAAACCUACGAGUGUUAAAUCCGGACUCAUAAUUCCUCCUGGAUACAAUCGGCAAGUGGCAACUAUUUUCAAGCGGUGAUAUUCAAAGGAACAGCCUAAAAAUAUUUCCACUGUCCAAUAUAAUCUCUAGGAGGCAUUUUAUGACCGGACAAAAAAAAUCCCAAGUGUGGGAAUUAUUAAUCAUUGAAUUAGGACACCUAUAAAAAGAGCUUGGUUGGACAACAGUUCAUUGUUCGUCCACUGUGGAGGAGAUUCUUGAGGAACUAGUUAUCAACUGACAAAUUUGUGAUUGCUGUGAAUUUUCUAUGGUGAUCAUUAUCACAGGAUAAUCUGUGUAUGGUGUCUGUUCUCAACAAAAAUAGUGAUUGCUGCAGUUAACAUACACUGCUAAUUAUCACAGGACAAUCACAGAUGAGUUGUUAAUGGAGUAACUUUACACCUGUGAUUGCUGCACUUAAAGGAUCAAGGAUCAGUGCUGUAAGAAUUGUUAUAAGAGUUGACACUGAACCAUUUAGCAUAAGGAAGGAAGGUCUGAGAGGAAGUGUGUAGUACAGUCAAUAUUUAUCUGUGUUUGUGCUGACGUACGACACACAAGCUCCCCUCCUCCCAACUGUAGCAUCUUGUUACAUAAUCUACCACAACUGGUCUGCAGCCCUAAGAUAGGUCGGAUAACAAGCUUCAUGUGCCUAUUAGACUUUUGAUUUAGCCUAGACACACUACAGCUGGCUGCAGCUUACAGCCACCUCAGAAAGUGCACAGUCAACAGAGACAACUUUACUUAAUGUUAUUCCUCCACGUGUGACUCGGCUAAUAUUGUCAUGUUUGGGAGGUGAUUACGACAGCGUGCGCGAAGAUUUGAAUUAGGCUGGCAUAUUGUUACAAAGGAUUACGUUGUACAUGCAUGAAGGACGAGAGGUAGAGCUUGAAAACUUUUUAUGAUUUUACAAAAUCGCCUCCGACUUGUAUUCCAGUCCUCGUCAUCUUGUAACAGGACUGUUAUCUCAGGGUGAUAGUGAAAACACAGCUUGAUUGUAGGAGUCGGAAAUCUGUAUUCAUGACUUCAUGUUCACAUUAACAUUAUCAAGUGGUAUUUCCCUCUUCCUGUCAAACUCAUGGCUAUCGCAGUGAUAUAUGAUAUAUUUGUGUGUCCAGAGUUCACUGUGUCCCUCCAGACAGGAGAAGCAGAAGCUUUUGACUUGAUGUUUUAAAAUGUUCGAUGGAUAUUGCACUUCUGUGUGAGUUACACCCACAGUAGUGUUGAAGGAGGACUUGCUUGAAGCAAUGCAUGUUCUAUAGCAAUUGAACUUCGUAAUCAUUGAGUAAUUGUAGGGGUUUAUGUUUCCUGCUUUGUGUGAAUCUCAUGAGGAGACUGCUAAAACAUUUUUAAGGUCUUAUUGAUACCUGUUCAGAGCGAUCAAUACUUGAACAUUUACAAACUGAGAUUAAGUUUUGGUUGCUGAAACUGGGCUAAGUACGACUGUGCCAUCACUGCUUGAGAGUAUAAGCAUGAUGUAUGGUGAGAUUUAGGACUGAAAGUGACUCAAGGGACUCUGUGGUGUACAUUCCUGAGGUUUUGUACAUACACAAUCCUCUUUGUGUGUUUUAAACAGACACAAAAGGAUAUCAGUAAACCUGUACAUCGCGCUGACCAGAUAUACACAGCACCAAGAGGAGGCUGUACCACCGUGGUCACUUGUGGUCAUCUGAGGACUAGCUCACCUAUACAGACAUCUGUGGUAUGUGUGGACAGAAGUGGACAAUGCUAGUUAUUGCAUUGAAAAGCACUGUAGUCGCCUAUUGUCAUCUUGAUUAGAUCACCUACACAGAUAGCAAUAUACAAGAUUGGUCAUUUGCAUCAACAAGCAUUAUGGUCUGUUGUGAUUUUAUGAGAGAUUGAAGAUUUGUUGAUUGAUACUCUGCCUGAAUUUUUGAAGUUUCAAUCUUUGAUGCAAAAUACGUUUCUCAACACCCAGGAUUGAGCUAUUUCAUCGGCUAAACUGACUUUUGUACGGUGUAGACCUGGAACUUUAUAUAGCCUGACUGCAUUAAUCGUGACAAUGUGUGAGUCAAUGGAUACUUGGAGUGGAGUGGUGCUGAGAAAGAAGAAGCUACCUCCACGACCAGAGUCCAUGUGCUGUGGCAGUCUUAAGGAUCAUGAUCUGAAGCAGAAGAUAGACCAUGAGAUGAAGAUGCGGGAGGGGACAGCCAAGUUGCUGGCUGCGUCCAAACACCCUGCCCAGAUGCUGGAGGCUGCCAAGAACCUCCUCACUUCCAACACAAGGAUUUACGCCUACAUGCACGAGCUGCAGAAACGCAAGACAGACGAGGUGCUCGGCAAAAAUCAAUCAGUGGAAGGCAACCAACUGCCAUGCACAGCAAAAGUUAGCGUCUCAGAUGUGCGGAUACCACUUAUGUGGAAGGAUAGCGACCACUUCAAGAAUAAAGGAGAUUACCGGCGGUAUGCUGUAUUCUGCCUGCUGAAGAUUGGGACGGAGAUCUUUGACACCACAAUGAUCAGUAACGUGGACAGGAGCAUGACCGACAUCACAUUCGAGGAUGUGAUAUUAUUCAACAACAUCCCCCAUGACUUUGAGUGUAAGGUGGAGGUCUACUGUCACAAACUUCAUGAUGAUCUCUCCAUCGCAAACACUCCAAAGAAGCUGAGGAAGAAGAUAAACGAUAUCUCAGGCUCCGUGGGGAGAAGUGUUGGCAAGAGGCUGUCGGGACUGAAUGAUGCAGAUAUAAUUGGAAAUAUGGUUUUGGGUCCCAAGUUUGAACUCGUGGCUAAAGGAGCGCUGAAAUUAUCUGAUGUGGAUGACUCUAUUCGGACGUUUGAUCUGCAGCUGGAGACAAAUGCAGAGGGUAGUGUUCAUGAGCUGCCACUGUUCGGCCAUUACUGUUGCCGGCUAGCUGCUCUCCCGAACUGCCUUGCAGAUCCCACUGUCACAGGAUUCCUCAAUCUACAGGAGGAUGACGACCUGUCCAAGUGGAGGCGGUACUGGUGUGUCCUCAAGAACCUCCAGCUGGCCUGCUGGUCAUCUCCGGGGGACGUGGAGGUCACGCAGCCCCUCGUCACUGUUUGUGUCACCAAGAAUUCCCAGAUAAGUGAUGCUGAUCCCAGCACGUGCAAGCGGUCACAUACAUUCCACAUCAAGACUGUGACGCUGACCGGAGUACUGGAACACACACUUGCAGCUGACUCACAGGAAGACCUCAACCGGUGGUGGGAUGGUCUGCAGCAGCAUCUUCUAGACCAGGCCUUGUGGAAGCAUGCCUGUGAUGAUAAGAUGGACGUCAGAGCAUCCAGUGUCAGGAAAGAUCAGGUCUUCCUCAGAAAAAGCUCAAUAUACGAUGAUACACCGUUAAUAGAUCGUAACUCGGUGACGGACGGUGUUCUAGAUGACCUGAAGGUCGAUGAUGAUCAGCUGAGUCAGAUGCUGCACACACUGAUGGGAGAGGCCUCGCAGAUCCGGUCCGGCACUGCCAGGCAGCUCUCCACAAGCUAGACCUGAACACUCCCCACGCCAAACCACAACAUUCACACAUCUCACAGCUAGUAGCAUCCCUGCAUCACUACUCUUCAUACAUUCAUACAUUCAUACAUUCAUACAUUCAUACAUUCAUACAGCAUGCGAUGUGACUUUGGUGCCUCUUUUUGGUGUGUGCUCGACUCAAGGAUUUGAGGACAAAUAAUUGUUAUUGUGGAGGAGAAUGUUUGUAAACAGUGAACGCUUUUACCAGUGUUGACAAGUAUCACAGAUCAAUUGCUGUUAACUAUGAACUGUAAGAUACAGACAUCUGAUGAGACGUUAAUGAAAUGAUUAUGAAGUGUAGGUAUGAACAUCCAGCAAGAGAGACAUUUGUGAAAGGUAACUAUGGACUGUAACAUACAGGCAUCUGCUCUCCACUGACGUCAUAGCAACAGUGAUGUCUGAGAGGGGUUACUAGGAAUAUGAGGCACACACUUCACAACUGUCAGCAUGGGAGAUCGGGGUCACCAGGAGAGAUAUUCAUUGGAAGUUAUCAAGACAUCUUUGGACAUCGCAGCACAACAGACAGAAAUUACUAUGAAGAGCAACAGAUGAACAAUUGCCAAACAAGGACAGAGAACCGAUGUGUGUAGAAUUAUCGCAGACUCAUGUCUGCUUUUUAUAACCAGACAAGGGGACACCCAACUCUGGGAGACAACUGCAGAUGUGUAGACAGAACCAUGCUAAUCCCCAGAAAAUCAGUAAUUUUGCAGCAAGCAUCAGUAUUUUGUCAAGGAUGUUUCAUGGAGUGUCUACAAGAAAAGAAAGGGACAUCUGCCUUUUCCUUUUAGCUUUGACCUUGAGGUAUUUCAGAGGGCAUUCCAUCAUCUCCACAAGAACUGGAAGAUCUAUGACCUUAUUAACAUAUUUCACAUGGAAUAUCCGUUUGUACAUCUCAUAUGGUUCUAUUUUCAUAAGGUACAUGAUCUUGAAAUUUGAUACUAGUGAUGUUCAUGAUUGGCCAUAGUUUGCAAAUAUGUCAUUGUUUCAUCAUGGUGAACUGUUAUAAGACAGGUUGUGUUGCCAUUGUUACAGGAGGAAUGUUUUUUAGGCUCGGCCUUAACGCUCGUCCCACCUUUCCUCACUAGAUUCUCGUCAGUGCCAACAUUGGCAGUGGUGGCCAUCAGCUGCUUUGUGUGAAACUUUCACAAGAAGAGAUUUCAUUAUGAAAUGACAGAAAAUGUACUGAAUGGAUCAUAGCCUAUUCCUAAUGGCACAAAAAUAACUAUAUAAUAUCAUCAAAAAAUGGGAAUCCAUUGUUACUCCUUCAAAAUGUACUUAAUGGGAUUAUGACUUAAUUUGAUAUUAUGUCCCUUGAAGGAAAUAAUCUUCACCCCAAAAAUGUGUUAAUAUUAAGCUUGCAAGGAUUAUCUCCCUUUCCCCAUAUUCAUAUUGAAAAAUGACGAACAGAAUUGUUUAAUAUAUGCAUCAUACUGUGAUCAUAUAUAUCUCUCCCCGUAUCAUGCCGCCAAAUUAAUAGUUUGAUAUAGGUUGUCAUGGUUACCAGUAAACUAUGUAUGUAAAUUGUUUUUAUGUGUGGUCACUUGUCAUGGCAUGUUAAAAUAUAAUGUUAUGGUGUAAUGGAAUCUGUCACGAGUCGUGAUUAAGCUCUUGCUAGUUGUGGUGUAACGAUAUGGCAGUUCAGAUACGUAUCAUGUACGAGUCGUGUCAUUACCUAAAAUGUAUUUGACAACCAAAGAUGUACUGUUUUUAGGAUCUUAAGUCCUUUGCUCAAACAAACAAGUUCCUUAAAACAUUGUAUGCCUUGUGUGAUUUGUGUUUUGUAAAGACAUUUGACUACAUUAGAAUGGAUAAAUAUGACUUCUUCUUUUUAUGGUUUCCAUCACAUCCAAUUCAUUUGUAGAACUCAAUAUUGACCAUAGCUAGUCCAGCUAGACUUGAUGAGACUUCCUUACCAGGGAGGGUAGUGACAUCGGUGAAUGUAACAAUAGUUGGUGAAUAGCUACAGUGUUAAAUUAAGAGCUUAGCACCUUCUGGUGCCCAGGUUUAGGGUGUUUUUUUUCUUAUAAGCUGAUAUAGAUUCUCAAAAGCCUGGCUCCGUGGUCGAAGUAAAAAUCAAAUCAAACCCUAUUGUUUUUUGUUUUGUUCUUGAAAGAACAUUGAAUCGGUAGGAGGACAAACAUUUAGAAUCAAUUUGUCCUUUUGUUAUAUAGCCUAACUUAUUCAGGUUGGGUAGUAAAAUAAAUUAAAUUUUUAAGCUGAUUUAAAGCUUCUUCUUUUUUUAAGCUGUUAACAAUUUAUUUAAUUUUAAUAUUUACCAAAUACAAAAUUAUGUUUUUUACAGAAAGGUAAUGACUUUUUUAAAUUAUAUAUCCACCUACUGAAGUAAAAAAGAUCUGGCCUCAGAAAAGCGUAACAGCAGUUUCCUUUACUGGAAGUUGUAUGUUGUUUUCUCAUUUGUUAGCAUACCCAGAAGAUGCAUUUAACACUCCAAUCAAAUAUAUAUCCAGGUACAAGGCAGUGAAACAGAUAGUCGUUUCAUGAAGUCUGUUCAAGAUGAGCACAAACUAUCUUAUUUCCGACAGCUGUAAGUUGUUGUGCGUCGUUGUUGCAAAGACUUGUGGAUAGUAACAACUGCCUCAAAUUGCCAAAGCUGUGCAUGAUAGUAUCUAUAAUAUGUAUGUAUAGUGUACAUACGUAAACUUUGAGUUUUGUAUAGUCAUGUAAUAUUAUUUCUUCCAUAAUCAUACUUAAUCAUCCUGUUAGGCCAAGAUGUUAGUGAUUCAAGAUCCCUGGAUUAUGAAACUUUUGGGGGUCUAUUUUUUGUGAGAUUUUCACCAUACUUUUGAAAACCAAAUCUAAGAGAUGGACUCGGAUCCACAAAAGGUACUUGUCUCAUUGUAGUGAUCUACGGUUGCAUCACCUCUGAUUGGGCAUUUGAAAUAAAGAUUGAUUAAUAGCAUAAAUCACAGGCAGACUUAAAGUAACAAGAUCGAUUUAUUGAUAGAAAUAUACACUUUUUUAUGAAGAUUUGUAGUUGAGUAUUUUUUCAAAUGUUGAAAAUGUCAGUAUUCUAUUCAGACCUUUACACUGUGGCGCAUGCUAUUGUUAUAUGAAAGAAACAGAUGAAGAUAGGUGUGAUUGGAAGCAGGUCUAGAAAACCACUGAUUCCCGUCAGUAUAUAUAUUGGGAAUUUUCUCGCUAUUUAUUUUAGUAUUGUCUGAUGGUGCAGUGGGAAACCAUCGUAACAGCCUUAUAUUCUUGUUGCAACUAUCUCACACCUGUAUUUUCAUAGAAUCCAAUAUUUUGAAUAACACAUAAUCUGACAAUCAGGUGAUUUGAAGCACUGUUUUUGUCUGGAAAACUUUUUCACUUGAAUGAACAUGUGAUUGAUUGAGGGAUUGAGGGAAAUCUCCCAAAACUUAACAUAAUUAGUCAGUUUGAUUAAUUAUUUAUCACAAUUUCAAGCGCUUGAAAAUAUAUGUAUUAGAUAUUAACAUCCUAUGAUAUCAUAAGACUUGAAAAUUGGUAAUUUUAAUGAUACAUUCAGAUUACAUUCUUCUCAUUAAUGUUAUGAUGGGUAUGUCGGUUGAAUAUGAAUAUGGAGGUUCAACUGACAGAUUUCGAAUCCAUCAGACCAAGUAUAAAUGGCUGAUUUAAUCAAAAUGUUCCUAAACUGAAUAUCUGACAUAUUAGCCCUUUCAAUACUUGUCUAAAUGUCAUGACAUUAUCCUUGCCAUUGCCUUGUUGUCUAGUCCCAUGUCAACAUUGUUGCGUGUAUUGUCCAGUCAGCUUCCUCAUAUUGUCCAUUGUUUGUUAAACAAUAGCCAUCCGGGGAGAUAUUAUUAGAGUAGGUUGUCCAUUGAGCCAGUUAUUCCCUGGUUUGAUACUGCUAAGCGAACAUAAGAAAAAUUGGUGUGUACGGUAAGUGUUCCUCUGGUAAUGGAAAAUUGAUUUCAAUCGGAAAAGGAAUUGUAGUGGAAUGUGAGGGCGUGCAUGUGGAGUUUAUGCUCUGCAUGAAUUUGUUAAUUUGCCACAUAAACACAUCAACGCAAACCCACCAGGACGCCGUUGUACAAAACAACCUUAGCAUGGCGACUGUCGUAAGUCUUUGUUAAGGUAUGGGAGUUACGAUCACCUUAGCGCUAAGAUCGCUUUGUACAACAGCACCCAGCCCUGCUGUUGGUAUCAACUGUUGGAUUAUGCAGAUCUUUUGGUUCAAUUGUCAGGUCGGGAUUUGUCUUUAGUUUGCUUAGCAGUAGUUUCUGAGGCUUGGGAAAAACAAUAAUCUUGGCUCUUAGGAUAAGACAUAAGGCACACAAGCAAUUUAUGUGGUCAUAUUUUAACCAGCAUUUAAAACAAUUACAGUAGAAAAAGUCCAUUAUCAAACUCCUGAAAGGUGAGUGGGUUUUAUGCUAAUGGUAGAAAGACAGUUAUGCAAUGGUCAGAUGAGGGUAAAAUAUGGGUUUUUAUUUUAGUUUUGUGAUUUUUUUUCUGAGCUAAGAAAAACACUGCCACAAAACCAAGACACCUUUUUUUAAUGGCUUUUUCCUGAGAACUAAUAUGUUUAUUCAUCAGCCUUUAUGAUCAUUUUUUAUGUUGCUGAUAAACCACAAGGAUAUUGUGUUUGUUCUUUGUAAACUGCAAAUAGCUGAAACAGUGCUUAUGCUGUAGAAAUAUUCUGCCAUGUGCUGAGUUGAAGUGCAGACCCUGUCAAUGGUUAGACUUUCAAGUAUUAAGCAUAAUCACAUCCAAAUAUCUUAUCAAUAUUGUCUUUUCAAAAUGAAAACGAUAUUUUGAAAGAUGAGUUGUAGCUGAAUCUAUGAGCCAGUUCAGUGAAUUAUGCCAAGGUGUUUAGAAUUACAAAUUAAAGAGGCACAUUGAAACCUGUUUGUUCUCAAGUCUCUUAAAAUUUGGGUAAUAUUGAUCAGUGUUUCUUGGUAUUGUACCUUGGGAGUUAAAAAGGAGUUUUGAAAAAAAAAAAAAUAUUUGCUGAUUUAGCAAUUAAUUAGUGGGUCUCAGUAUGCCUCUGUCUCUGUUAGAGUUUAU